GCAACUUCCACACACAGCUCGAAGCGGAGAAAGUUCGUCGCCGAUGGUGUCUUCUACGCUGAAUUGAACGAGUUCUUCCAGCGUGAGCUUGCUGAGGAGGGAUACUCUGGCGUCGAGGUCCGGGUCACUCCCACCGUCACCGACAUCAUCAUCCGGGCCACGCACACACAAGAAGUCCUGGGCGAGCAGGGCCGCCGAAUCCGCGAGCUCACCUCCCUCAUCCAGAAGCGAUUCAAGUUCCCCGAAAACUCCGUCUCCCUCUACGCGGCCAAGGUGCAGAACCGUGGUCUCUCGGCCGUCGCCCAGUGCGAGUCCCUCCGAUACAAGCUCCUCAACGGUCUCGCCGUCCGACGAGCCUGCUAUGGUGUGCUCCGAUUCAUCAUGGAGAGCGGUGCGAAGGGUUGCGAGGUUGUGGUCUCCGGAAAGCUGCGUGCGGCUCGUGCCAAGAGCAUGAAGUUCACCGACGGGUUCAUGAUCCACUCGGGUCAGCCCGCCAAGGACUUCAUCGACUCGGCCACGCGCCACGUCCUCCUGCGCCAGGGUGUCCUCGGUAUCAAGGUCAAGAUCAUGCGCGGCUCCGACCCCGACGGAAAGUCCGGCCCCCAGAAGUCGCUGCCCGACUCCGUCACCAUCAUCGAGCCCAAGGAGGAGCAGAGCGUGGUCCAGCCCAUGAGCCAGGACUACGGUGCGAAGGCGGCUGCUGCGCAGGCGGCUGCGGAGGCCGCGCGUUCGCAGGAGCAGCAGGUUGGUGAGGAGCCGGUUGUGGAGGAGCAAUAG